AUCCCCUGCCUCCUGACCCGUGACCCCGUAAAUUUCAAACGCAGCAAAACGCGGGAAUCUUAGUGACUCCCUCCCGGUAGUCCCGGGUCCCGGUAUGGAAGCGCGGUAUGCCAGAACCCGGCAGGCCACGCGCCGCUCCAACAGAGCCAGGGUCGGAAAUGCACAAGAGGAAGUCGAAGAGGUAUGGAGUUCUGUGCGGCGGCGUGCCAGGAGCACCCCAGGCAGGAAUGUAUCCAAAGAAGAGGAGGAGGCACGGAACGCGCUGUCUCGCUCCUGUCCCAGACCCAAGCGUGUCCUGCGCAGCUUGAGUGUGAACGCUCGUGGGGAGGAGAAGGAAGAGGUAGAGAAAGAGGAGGCGGCGGCGGUGGCGGGACUAGGUGCCACGCCCAGCCUAGUUCGGUACAGCCGGGGAGUGGAGGAAGAGAAAGCACGGAAUAUCAGGCUUCUGCGCAGCUCUAAGAAACUUAUGGAGUACGAAGAAGUUGGGGCGCCGGGCACCCAGUUUCAGCGCCUCACGCGCAGCUCUACCAAGUCCACCGGGGAGGAGGAGAAAGAACCGUGGAGCACCCAGUUCCGACGCGCCCCUGGCAGUGUCCGCCGGAAUGCGGGAGGAGACGAGGAUAAUGUGAGGAGCUCUGUGUCCCAGAGGGCCAAGUCCUACGCCCUCGGCCAGAAGGAUCGGGAGGAGAAAGAGGUGGAGGUAAGGAGGUCUCUGCGCCCCAAGCGCAGCACUGGUGGGGAUUUAAAGUGGCGAAAAGAAGAGGAGGAGAUGCAGAGUACCAGGUCCCUGCGUUUCAGGCGCAACACGACCGGAGGCGCGAAAGCUGUGAGCGCGGAAGGCAUCACCGGUAAGAACGUACAGGAGGCGCUAGCGCUGGCGCCCAGCACUGGGUCCCGGCCUGCCAAGAGCAGCACUAGCGGGGAUGUGAAAGCGCGGGAGAAAGAGAAGCACGGAUUGAGCACCCCGUUCCUGAAGCAGGUGUCUGCCAGAGUCCAGAAAGUGGUUGGAGGAGAGGAUGAGGCUGUGCUACACUAUGAGACCCUGGAGGCUAUUUCCCGCGCACGUGCAGGAGACGAAGUAUCUUCUGGCACGCCCCACUACUCUGAGGAGGAGUCGGUACUCCAGCCUCCGGAGCCCAACCGGGACCAGGACUGUGGAAACAAUGCGCUGGCCGCUUUGGCACAAUGCGCCGUGCCCAGUAGGAGCGGAGAGGUGACUCCUCCAACUGCUUCCCAUUGGAGAGAGAUUGGAAAAGAGAGAACACAGGAAGAUGAAGACUUGGACUUGAUCGGGCCGCUGCUCAGAAUAAAGGAUCAGAUUAAACAACAGUUAUUGGAAUAUAAAGCAAAAAUUGAAGCAAGUAAAGAGCGUCUUCCAGAAGAAUCCACAGAAGAAGGCUUACUUCAAAUGACUGAAGAUCUAGAAAAAAAGUUGGAAGGGGUGAAGAUCAAUGUUGAAAUGAAAACUCUAGCUUUAAAAAGGGUCCAGAUGGCAAAUGCCCUUCAGAAAAAACUGGAAUCAAAGGACAGUGAAUCUCAAUUCCUCCUGGCAAUUUUGAAGAAAAUUUUAACUCUCAAUAGUUCAAUACUGAAAGCCCAGCAGGAAACUCAUGACCUGGAGGAGAAACUGCUUGAAGUUAAGAAGAAGAGAUUACGGCUUAAACAAGCUGGAGAGGAAAAGCUACUAGAAAUACAGGCUGAGGAUAAAAAGAAAAAAGAAAAAUUAGAACUCUUGGAAGAUAGUGCCCUGUUAAGUAAACUGAAGAAAAACCUGCAAAGGGAAAUAGAAUCAACUACCGUUAUUCAAAAUGUUUUUCAGCACAUCAUUAUAGCAACGAAGAUCGACUGGGCAUCGGAUCCAGACUUAAAGGUCCUUGUUUUACAGCUUGAGAACAAUUUAAGUUUGGUUUGAACAAUUCUUGUUUACACGCAAUUAAAUAAGCAAAUUUCAAAAGAAAUUCCAUAUUUUUGGAUCUGUUUGAAUAAUUCAGACUGUUUAAUACAUUUAUUUCAGUAACACUAACUUCAGAGUCAUUCUGUAUCAAUUGUUAAAACUACAUUAUGUCAUAGAAUUUGGAAUAUUUGAGUUAGAAAGGCUCCUAGGGGUCACUUCCAACUUUCCACCUAAUAUGGGAAUCUUUUCUUAAAAUCUACCACAGAUGGUAAUCUAAUGAUUAUUUAAACUCUUUCUAGCAACUAAGCACUCACUACCUCAUUAGAUAACCUAUCCCAUAUCUAAAUAACCCAGAUUGUUACUUCUGAAUAUAUUUUUUAUUAUUAGUAUUCUAAAAAACAGUGGUUAUAUCCCACUUUAAAAGCACUGUAUUUAUUCAAAUACUGAUCUUUUUAUGGUAUUUCAAAUUUCAAUCGUUAUAAAUUAUUACCUUUUAAUUUAUAUUUUUAUAUCAUAUUUUUGAAUUCUAUGUAAAAACAUUUUUAACAUUCAUUUUAUUUUAUUUUUACAUUUUCAUUUUUAUUUAGUCAAUUUAGAACCUUAUUCCUUGGUUACAAGAAUCAUAUUAUUUCCCUCCCUCCUCUCCUCCUUCCACCGCUUCCCGUAGCCGACAUGCAAUUCCUCUGGGUUUUACAUGUGUCCUUGAUCAGAACCUGUUUCCAUGUAGUUGAUGUUUGCACUAGGAUGAUCUUAACAUUCAUUUUAAAAAAUCAUGAGUUCCACAUUUUCUCCUUCCCUCUCUUGCCUGAGAUGGUAAGCAUUUUGAAAAGGUUAUUAUAGAUGUGUGAUCCUAUAAAACAUUUCCAUAGUAACCAUGAUGUGGAAGAGAAUACUGACUGAAAAAAAAGACCACGAAGAAAAUCAAGUGAAAAAUAGUAUAUUUUAAUCUGCAUUCGGACUCCAUCAGUUCUUUUUCUGGAGGUGCAAUAACCUUUUUCAUCAUGAGUGAUUUCUGUAUUGCUAAAAACAGCCAAGUCCUUCACAGUUGAUACAUUAAUAUUUUUAGAACAAUGUAUUUUUUUGGUAAUUAAAUUAGCUAAAUUAGUGCAGUUGGCUCUCCCAGGGGUCAGUGUCCAGAGCAUCCAGAAUUCAAUCCUCAGACUCUGUGCGGGUAUUAGUUUGCAGCUCUGUGUGAAGGCCUACUAUUACACUGCACCCCUUUUCCUUGAUUAAAGAAUGAUUUUUUUUCUGA